UUGUCAGUUUGCUCUUUGACGCGUUUACGGGCGUGCGUCGCGUGCGGUGAAAAUUGCUUUUCAUUUUCCAACACCCUCUCUGGGUUCUGUGUCCCGUCAGUCUACAGCAGAAGGGUUUUUUCCCGUUCUUCGCGAAGAACAAAAUCCGGAAAAAUUAUUCGGAACAUUCAGUUCAACAACCUGAAACGACUGUGGUGGUGAGGCAGAAUCCCGUGGUGCAGCGAAUGAAAAGCGUACGUGCCUAGCCACAACAGCCGACGGACAGCGGAAGCCAGAUAAAUGGUCUGCGAAUAAACUAGGCGUAGCAAAGGUGAAAAAAAACGAGCAGCCCGGGAAGGCAAAGCAGACAGGUGUGCUACCUGAUACUAGAUUGUUGAUAGAGGAAUAGUAUCGCGGAAGCUGUCAUAGUUAUAAGAGUUGUGUAGUUUCGACCGUUUUGAUUAACCUCUGUAGCCCUUUACGCGCUGCUCGGCUGCUGUUUUCGAUAGUGCUACUCGUCAUAUUUCGGACAAGUGCCGACUAAUCUAAUCAACGUCAACCGGUGCGUUCUACGGCAGCAGCAACAAUACAGUAUAGAUGAAGUGGCGGCGAGAGGUGGCUGCUAGUGAAGAGAUACAACAGUAGUAAGAGCUGCUUCUACGAUAUGUCUAAUUUCGGAUAUAGGCAUUCCCGAGUCUGUUAUCUGUCGUAGAAACAGCAAAACGGUGACGACGCUUUCUGCCUUCAUCACCGAUGAGUAUGAACAGUUCAGUACACGACAACUGAGCAACAGCGACGGGCGGAUGAUUAUUACGCGAAUGUGUAUGUUCAGUGAAUGAAGAUUGUGGUUCUUUUAACAACGAUUGUGUUAUAAAAUUGACAUCACGUUACUUUUUGUUCUCGCUUGCUAGUUUUUUUUUGCUGAGUAUACCAAGAGGUCAGAGGGAUUACUCCUCGAGAUUAGCAAAUAGCUGCACUCAAUCAUGGUAAAAUUAUGCCUGCAACGAUGAUCACCAUUGUUGAAUGUCUGGCUAUCGGAAUACUCAUUUUCUGGUGUGGCAAAUGGAUUGUGCAUGCGAUGGCCAUCACCUACGGCAAACUGAAAUUGCACAAAAAAACAAGUUCAGCGACACAACCACGUGAAACGCCGUACCCGUCUGUUUCCAUCCUAAAACCACUGAUGGGCGUCGAUCCAAAUCUGUCGAGCAAUUUGGAAACAUUUUUCCUAAUGGAUUAUCCGACGUAUGAACUUUUGUUCUGUGUAGAAUCGUCUGAUGAUCCAGCGAUUGAUGUUGUGAAUCGAUUAAGAGAAAAAUAUCCAAACAUCGAAACAUCACUGCUGUUGGGAGGAUCAAAUGUUGGCGUAAAUCCAAAGGUGAAUAACAUCUCCCCAGGUUACCUGGUUGCAAAGUACGAGCUAGUAAUGAUUUCGGACGCUGGAAUUCGAAUGAAAACCGACACACUCACCGAUAUGGUGAAUCACAUGACCGAUCGAGUAGGACUAGUUCAUCAAAUGCCGUUCGUUUGUGAUCGGGAAGGAUUUGCUGCUGCCUUUGAAAAGAUCUACUUCGGGACGGUUCAAUCGAGGAUCUAUCUUUGUGCCGAUUUGCUCGGAAUCAACUGCCAUACAGGGAUGUCCUGUCUCAUGCGAAAGGAUGUCCUCGACGAACUUGGUGGAAUACAAACGUUCGGUUGCUAUCUAGCGGAAGAUUUCUUUCUAGCCAAAGCCAUUCACGACGCCGGAUGGAAACUCACAAUCAGCAGCCAGCCGGCCUGGCAAAACUCUGGCAUAUGUGAUAUCAGCAACUUUCAAGCGCGACUCACUCGCUGGGCUAAGCUGCGCGUCGCAAUGGUUCCCACGACCAUUUUACUCGAACCUAUGUCGGAGUGCAUCAUUGUCGGGAUGUUUGCCUGCUGGGCGGCCAAAAUACUUCUCCGAUGGAAUCCACUGGUGUUCUUUCUCAUCCACACGCUGUUCUGGUUCCUCUCAGACUGGGUGCUGCUGUCAGUCAUCCAGAACGGAUCACUUCCGUUCAACAAGUUCACAUUCUUCGUCGGUUGGGCGUUUCGAGAGCUGAGUGGACCGUAUCUAUUUUUCAAUGCCCUCUGGAAUCCUGCCAUCAGAUGGCGAACGAGAGUCUACAAGCUAGCUUGGGGAGGAGUCGCGUACGAACUUACCUCCCAGAUCAAAUCGUAGCUCAUCAAGCAGUCAGGAAACAGGCCCAUCAUCCCCCCCCCCAUUUAUCUGUUGGUGUCUUUUGUAUAAAGUUUAUUUAAAAUCAAACUCACUGUAUAUUUUCUGAGCUUUUACUAGAAAAGUUUACUUUAGAAAGUAAGAAGAACGGUUCGAAAAGCUAUCAUUUGUCUUUGCUUCGGCUUGCGUUCAUGUUUUUUUGUAAAUAUUUAUUGACAGCAACCAUUGGUUAAAUGGAACAAACAACCUUCUCUACAUUUUAGUAGUAAUCGAAGAUAAAAAAUAUCAACGUGGAAAAGCGGCUAAUAAAAACGAGUCCUAGUAAAAGCAAAUAAA